AUGCACUCCCGGUACCUUGUCUCCGGUCUUCCCAGAGUCCUCCCUCCCCUCACACCCUCGCCUGCUCCUCCCUGUCUUCCCUGCGUCGAGGGGCGGCAGCUCGCCGCUCCUCACUCCUCCUCGUUUCCCCCGACGACUGCUCCCUUGCAAACGCUCCACAUGGACAUGUGGGGCCCAGCCCACGUCCGUGGUCAGGGUCAGGAGAGGUACUUCCUGAUAGUUGUUGACGACUACUCGCGCUACACCACGCUCAGCGAGCGUUUCCACUCGGACUUUCCUGUCCCGCGCUUGCACUCUGACAGUGGUGGUGAGUUCUCCUCCGACCUCUUGGCAGCCUACUGUGCUGAGCACGGCAUUGAGCAGUCGCUCACGCUUCCAGCCUCUCCACAGCAGAAUGGGAUUGCGGAGCGCCGCAUUGGCCUGGUCAUGGAGGUCGCCCGUACCUCCUUGAUCCAUGCGGCUGCCCCCCACUUUCUGUGGCCGUUUGUGGUCCGGUACGCUGCGCAUCAGCUCAAACUCUGGCCCCGUGUCUCCUUGCCGGAGACCUCGCCCACACUGCUGUGGACGGGGGAGGUUGGCGAUGCGUCGCGUUUCCGGGUCUGGGGAUCUCGAGCUUUUGUCCGCGAUACGUCUGCGGACAAGCUCUCCUCCCGUGCUGUUCCCUGCGUCUUCCUCGGCUUUGUCCCAGACACGCCUGGUUGGCAGUUUUACCACGCCACCUCACGCCGAGUCUUGCCCUCUCAGGACGUCACUUUUGACGAGUCCGUCCCCUACUACCGCCUCUUCCCCUACCGCACUGCCCCGCUCCCCCCCCCGCCUCUCUUCCUCGCGCAAGGUGCUGUUGUCGUAGACCCCCUCCCCCCUCAGGGUGCCGCUCCCUCAAGUGUGUCUCAGGUAGACCCGGUUGAGCCUGUUGAGGUAGCUGUCGACUCUCGUCCUGCUGUGGGUGCGGAGCCUGGGGGUGCUGAGCCUGGGGGUGCGGAGCCUGGGGGUGCUGAGCCUGGGGGUGCGGAGCCUGGGGGUGCGGAGCCUGGGGGUGCGGAGCCUGGGGGUGCGGAGACUUGGGGUGCUGAGCCUUGGGGUGCGGAGCCUGGGGGUGCUGAGCCUAGGAGUACUGAGCCUGGGGGUGCUGAGCCGCAUAGUCCGGAGUCUGGGGGUUUUGAGUCUAGAGGUCUUGAGCCUGAGGGUCCUACACCUGGCGAAGCCCUCUCCUCGGAGCAGCUGCGUAAGUGGUACUUCCAGUACUGCAGCCUCAGGAGAGGUACCUCUGGAGCCAGGCGUACUACUGGGACUGGUGCUAGUGCUUCUCCUCCUAGCCGGGAGCUCCCCUCCCAUGAGCGGAUCCGUGAGUGGUACGAGCGGCGCUGCACUCUUCGGAGUGGCACGCCUGGUGUCGCGGACCCCGCUGCUGCUGGUGGUGCUACUGGUGCUGGAGACUCUACUGGUUCUGCUGGUGCUGCGGCCCCAGAGGUUGGAGUUGUUUCUGGUGCUGCGGACCCGGGCGUUGGAGCUACGGCUGGUGCUGCGGACCCAGGCGCUGGUGCUGCUGCUGGUGCUGAGGACCCGGGCGUUGGAGCUGCUGCUGGUACUGAGGACCCGGGCGUUGGAGCUGCUACUGGUGCUGAGGACCCUGGAGCUGGUGUGCUGCUGGUGCUGUGGAGUCGGGCGUUGGAGCUGCUGCUGGUGCGGAGGACCCUGGCGCUGGUGUCUCUGCUGGUUCUGGAGUCGCUGCACGGCAGCGGCCGUACUUCGUUCCGCUCCUUCAGCAGGUUCUUGGUCUCCCGCCUUCUCUCGGUCCUCCUCCUCCCUUAG